AUGACGAAUAUAACUCUACUCCUGUGCUGCCUGACAAGUGCCCUGGCCCUCCAGGGUGAUCUCAAACAGAUUCUGAAGUCUCCUAAAGCUACUCUAAAGCUCUACAACGGAUUUAAAUCCCGCCAGGGCAUCCAACACGAUUCUCCCUCCGAAGACAGACUUAGAUUCGGACUUUUCAGGAAAAAUGCCCAGUUUGUGGCAGACGCUAACUCCGUAACCGCUGACUCAGCGCUAUACGGUUUAAACUUCUUCUCAGCGAUGACAUCUGAAGAACAGGGAACGUAUCUGGGACUGAACGCAACAGGCAGGUCCCCCAACCCUCCUCCAGCUCUAACAACCUCCGAAGAUGUGAUCCCUGACUCUACGAUGUGGGUCAACAAAGCUGCCGUCACCCAAGUCAAGGACCAGGGAAGCUGUGGAUCUAGCUGGAGUUUUGCAGUGGUUGGAGCGAUAGAGACACGGUACCAGCAGUUAUCUGGCAGACUGAGAAACCUGGCUGAACAAGAACUCCUCGACUGUGUGUACUGGUUUAAUGGUGGGUGUAAGGGAGGGUGGAUGAGUGAUGCUUACGAUUGGAUUAUCGAGUUUGAUGGGACUCUCUCAGCAACGAGCGAGUAUCCUUACACUGGUAAAGACAGUUGGUGUAAAGUUAGCAACACUUACAACGCUCUCAGAUCUCACAAGAUCGUCCGGGCGAGGUCAGUUCCUCAGGGUGAGGCUGCUAACAUAGCCGCCCUGGCUCAAGGCAGUUUAGCUGUAUCUAUCGAGGUGACAGACCACUUCAAGUACUACUUGAGUGGGAUUCUGAGAGACGAGACGUGCUCUGGAGAUGUGAACCACGGAGCUGUAGCUGUGGGUUACACUAGGGACUACAUCCUGGUUAAGAACUCCUGGUCUCAUCUGUGGGGAGAGGAUGGGUUCGUGAAGCUAGCAAGAGGACACCACAACUGCGGCCUCUACCAAUACAGCAGUUACCCUGAGUUUGAGGAGACAGGCAAGAUGGAUAACGGCGAGUCUGAUGCGGCGACUGAGUACAGAGUUGACGACAUUCUACCAGAACCAACCCCCACACCCACCAUCCCUGAACCUACCCAGGCUGAAGUUACAACACCACAACCCUCUCCAGCUCCCACACCAGAUCCUGAGUGCAGAGACAAAGCGACCAACUGUGAACGAGACAACCUGUGCCAGUACCCGAGCCAGGCAGAGACCUGGUGUGCUAAGUACUGCAAGUUCUGUGAUUCAGAGCCUACUCCUAACCCAACUCCAGUAACCAACCCAAACCCAACUCCUGACCCAGAGCCUCUGUGUUACGACAAAGCUACCAACUGUGUGAGGGACAGUUUGUGUGAUUUCCCCGAUCUAGCUGAGACGUGGUGCACAAAACAGUGUGGUUAUUGCUAG